UCUUCUAUCUCUUUUCCCCUUUCUUCUUCUUCUUCUUCUAUCCUCCCCUCUCUCUCUCCCACAAGUCAUCUUCUUCCUCUCUCACAAACCUCCGAAACUUCUUCUUUUGCUCUGUCUUUGUUUAAUCAUCUCUACCUGGUACCAUCUCUGUUUCCAAUUUGCUCUCUCUACCUUCGAUUUUCACCCUAUACUAGCUUCUCUCCGACCCGGCCUCAUGUUAGCCUUCGAGCUUCGCGUCGGCUAGUUGUAGCGCAUGGAACUCCCUUGGCCUUGGUGUGAUUUUUCCGCCCGUCGGGUUUUUUUAUUCUAAUCUCUUUGAUCGGUUAGAUCUAAUUGUAGUCGGUGGUUAAAUAGUUGCAGCUGGGUUUAUGUGAAUUUCAUGUGAUUAUUGGGACUUACCAUUUUUAUAGCUCAGAUUAUUGGGAUUAGAAGUGAGGGUUUUGUGUGAAUUCGAGAUUAUUAGGGUUUUGACAUAUUUCCAAACAAAGAUUGUUUUUUGAUGAAGAGAGGGAAAGAUGAGGAGAAGAUACUUGAACCAAUGUUUCCUCGACUUCAUGUGAACGAUGCAGACAGAGGACCUAGAGCUCCUCCAAGGAAUAAGAUGGCUCUCUAUGAGCAACUUAGCAUCCCUUCUCAGAGGUUUAGUACUGAUAAUGGAGCGUUGCUUCAUAAUUCCAGCACUUUGGUUCCUCCUGUUGGACCAUCUAGCCAGCCUUGCGGCGUGGAAAGAAACUUAUCUGCACAGCAUCUUGAUUCUUCAGCUGCAGUACAUGCAACUGAAAAGUUCGUCUCCCAAACGUCCUUCAUGGAAAAAGUGAGAAAUUUGUCACAGCAUGAACAGAGGAAAAUAGCAAGGGAGGAAGAUGAAUUCGCGGUUCCAAUAUUUGUUAACUCAAGAAGGUUUCAGUUUCAUGGCAGAACCAAGAGUGGCAUUAUGAAGGAAAAACACAGCACAUUGGUUAGAGAACAGCCGAAGGGGAGUGCAAAGCGAGGUGGUUUUGGAAACUCGUUAGAUAUAUCAGCUACAGAGGAAAUGGAUCUUGAAAAAUCAGCAUCGAGCUGUGACAGAGUAAAUGAUUGUAAUGCUGCUUUGAGACGAGAGUCUAGAAAUAGGUUAGACCGAGAUGGUGGUGAAACUCAAGUGAUGGACACAGAUAAUGGAGUUGAAUCUCACUUGGCAAUGGAAAGUCAUACAGAAGAGGGUCAUGGCAAUCCUAAUGACGUUAAUAAUGGUCGUGAGUACUGUAGAAGUAGAGGAUACGCCUCUCUGCAGCAGAUAAAUGAAGAGGCAAGUGAUGAUGUUUCAGAUAAUUCGAUGGUGGAUUCUAUAUCCAGCAUGGAUGUCUCUCCCGAUGACGUUGUGGGAGUAUUAGGUCAAAAACGUUUCUGGAGAGCAAGGAAAGCUAUUGCCAAGGGGGGGACAUUCUCUGUUGACGUACAUUGUGCAAGUCAACAAAGAGUAUUUGCUGUUCAACUAUUUGAGUUGCACAGACUUAUUAAGGUUCAGAGGCUUAUUGCUGCAUCACCGGAUGUAUUGCUCGAUGACAUCAAUUAUCUUGGAAAAGUUGCUGCUAAAACCUAUCCAGUGAAGAAGCUCCUUCCAUCAGAAUUUAUACUAAAGCCUCCUCUACCACAGGUUAUCAAACACACGAGCGGCGACUCGGAGAAGACUGACCAAAACAAAAUGGAAUGCUCAGCUGAGAACGUAGUCGGAAGAUUGCCAAACCAAAGCCAUCAUCAACCUUCCAACUACAUGCCUUUUGCGAGCAACCCACCAAACGCUUCACAAGCUUCAAAUGGAUGUUACUUUCCUCCUCAGCCUCCUCCUUCAGGAGGAAAUCAGCAAUGGUUGAUCCCAGUAAUGUCUCCUUCCGAAGGGCUGAUAUACAAGCCGCACCCAGGUCCGGGACAAACAGGGCCGGUCUGUGGAGGAUAUUAUGGUCAUUUUAUGCCUGCACCGAUGGUAAUGGGUAAUUUCAUGGGCGGUGGUGGUCCACCUCCGUAUCACCCGGGCAUGGGAUUCCCAUCUCCUGGUAAUGGCUACUUCCCUCCAUAUGGUAUGAUGCCCACCAUGAUGAACCCUUACUGUUCCGGCCAACAACAACAACAACCUAAUGAGCAAAUGAAUCAGUUUGUGCAUCCCGGAAACUUUCAGAAUGCAUCAGCUUUAAACACCCAACAAGAAAGCUCUGUUCACGAAGAGGCUCCACAACAACAGACAACGAGAUCUUAUUCUCGGGCUAGAAAGAGCAGGCAAGGGAGCACAGGAAGCAGUCCAAGUGGUCUAGAAAGAGUCUCUGGUAAGAACUCUUUUCGGCCAUUCUCAGCAGUUGAUGAUGACAACAACAACGAGCCUGAGCAAACGAUGACGACAACUACAACCACAACAAGAACAACUGUUACUCAGACAACAAGAGAUGGAGGAGGAGUGACCAGAGUGAUCAAGGUGGUUCCGCACAACAACGCUAAGCUCGCAAGUGAGAAUGCUGCAAGGAUUUUCCGAUCAAUACAAGAAGAACGUAAACGCUACGACUCCUUCUCUAAUCACUCUUAAAAGCCUCUCUUAUCAUUAUCCUUUUUCGUAAGAUGUGGUGUUUGCGACUGAAUAUGUAUUUUAAAAAUGUAGAAAAAAUUGUGAUAGAUGUCCUUCUCUAAAUUUGUACAAUGUAAACGUAUGAAAGCUUGGUUGUUACCAAUCAUUUAUAUAUAUCAUAUGUCUUAUA